UUAAAUUUACAAUCAAAAAGUACAUCUGUGAAACGUGCUCGUGGUAAAAUAAUAAACUUAAUAUUUUCAUAGAUUUAUGACAAGAAUAAUCACUGGCUUUAUAUGGUAUCAUUUGUGUACUGAAAAAAAAAGUUAUAUAUAUAUAUAUACAACUGAUUAAUAUUAUCAGUUUACCAAUUUAAAUUAAAUAACAAGUUACUGUAGUGAUUAAUUGUUACGAUGAAUAACAAAAAACGCCGAAGAAAAUCAGCAUUUAGCCCAAACUCCAGAGAAUCCGACUUUCAAUCAAACAGUACAAAACAAGACAGUGCGAAUGCUAAUAACGGGUUGUCUAGUAAUUCACUCACUAAUUUAUUAGAACAAUACAAUUCUGAUAGUGAUGAUCAAGAAGAAACUCCACGGGAAAAUAAGCAGUGUCUUGAUGAUAAAGUUAAUGAUUUUUUUAAGGAAAUUCAGUUUAUUACUCAGAACACUCAAGAAUCUCAAUCGAGCGACACAACAGGAAAAGAAACGGGACAAAUUCCCUCAAACAGACAAAGAAUACCAGGCUCAUCAUGGCAAGAGUGCUUUGAUGAAUCUACUGGUUAUCCCUAUUACUGGCAUACUGAAACCAAUGAAGUGACUUGGGAAUUGCCAAAAGAACUUGAAUCAACUCGUAAAAAUAACGACAAUAUUGUCCCCCAACAACAACAACAACAACCUAAUCGUCUACCGAAAUUACCUAACGAUAAACCGCCGUCUAAAGUUAAAAAUGACAAUUCAGUACGGAAUAAAAGUAGGCAUAAAAGCGACACUGAUAACACGAAACGGACUUCGUCUAAAAAGAAAAAGUCUAAACAGAUGAUCGAUGACAAAAAUGAUGAUUCCGAUGACAGUUAUAUUGAAAUGAUUACGUCGUUUGGUGAUGAUAACACAGAUACUGAUAAAAGUGAAGACGAAAAAACAGCUGAUGAGUCAUGGACACUAAAUAAAUCAAUACAACGCGAACGGGAACGAGAACGUGAACGAGAAACGUCAGCAAGUGUAGCCAGCAAUGAUGCUCGUGAUGACGAUAACAGCAGAGAGUCAAAUCAAGAGAGUAGUGUUAAAGAUUCUGUGAAUGAUCACAGCAGCGAAGAAACUUUGUUUAGUAAAAAAUCAACAGGCAGUACACUAUUUCCAGCUGCGUUAAGCAAAAAUUGGUUUGUUGAUAAUAAUUCUAAGGUAGAUAGUAAUGUUGAGCAAACAGAAUUUUCCCAAACUUGUGAAUCACAAGAUACUACUGAAAAAAGUGAAGCACCAAAGAUAAAUCGGCCUUUAGAAAAUUUGGGUUCUUCUAUAAAAGGGUUUCAAAGAAAAAGACGUAUUGCUUUUGAUGUUCUGACAAUACCAAAAAAUAAUGACGAACGUCUUGGUUUAGGAUUUGCUAAAACGUUGCCGUCUGUCAGUACCGAUAAUUCGUCAAAAGAAAUUAAUGCUGAAGAUAGAAAACGUAAUUUAGGAAAAUACGCUAUUGACUUUAUUAAGGGAGAGACGUUAGAAGUCAACAAUGAAGUUGUUAAACCGGAUAAUUAUAUACCCGGAGAUCAAAUACAAACAAUUGUAGAUAAAUUAAAAAUUUUAUCUAAAGAGGGAUCGACGGUAUCAGCGGCUCAAGUUAUGAGUAUUCAAAUUAAAGCAUUGAUGAGUGCGUGGGAAGCCGGCGAUUUAAAAGAUCGUUACUUUUAUAAUUGGCUUGCUGACACUAAAAAAGAAGUGAGUCGGUUGGAAGAAGAAGCCGCUCCGUCCGAGUGGGACUAUCAGUGGGAUUCAGCUAAUAAACGUUACCUGUAUCGUAAUAAAAUAAAUGGCGACACUCAAUUAAAUUAUCCAGACAUAAUUGGUGGCGCUGAAGAAAUGGAACUGUGUACGACGCCUCCGCCUACUAGUUCACCUAUCGAGCACACUCAGAUAAAAUCAAUUGAUUCAAUCAAAGAUGAAAAAUACGAUUUAACACAAUCGAAGUCUCUUAAUAAUGACGAUAGAUCAAAUGUAAAUAGUCACAAAGAUCCUGAAAAAAUUGAAAAAUGUAUUUCAUCUGCUGGUACUGAUGACAAAAAAGAAGACGCGGACCCACAAAAUUUGGCGGCACCUUUGCCACCACGGAUAUCUAUUCCCAGUCCACCACCGCCACCGAGAAUAGGCGCUCAGGAUUUACAAAAGAAUCCAAAUAAGGCCAAUAAAAAUAACAAUGAAGGUCAAAUUAAUACCACAACAAUGCAUGCCAUAAAAAAAGACCAUACUGAAAAUGUAUAUACCAAAAAUGAAGUUAAAAAUAACAAUAUUGUAUCUGUAGAAAGUAUUGUCGCGCCUGUACGUGAAACUUUACUAACAUCAGCAGCGCAAAUAUUAUCAGCGCCAGUGAACACAUCCCACAUUGAGCCUUUGCCACCGGGUGUUGAUCAAUCAGAGAGUCCAUAUGCAUUAGCAGCAGCAACGUUGAAAUCACCGCUAAUAUUUCCGGGGAAUCCACAUCAGGCAAAUGCUCCGAUUUAUGCGUCAGCUCUGACAGAUCCAACAAAUAUUUCAAUAAUAGGACACCACCAUCCGGCAUUGGUACACAACCAACUUGUACACUACCCAGUUUAUCAUCAGCACUUGCACGAUCAAGCGAUUCUAGCAGCCGCCAAUAGAUUUACUGGACAAGAUGCUGUCCAAUUAAUGCUCCAUCAUACGGGUAUUUACGCAAAUACCCAGGUGAUUACAAAACCUCCUAUUAAUAUGAAAAAAGAAUCUUUAGGAUCAAUUGUUGAUUCAUUUUACAAUGAUAUUGCUUCAUUGGAGUCACGUAAUAAUAUUAUAAAUGACAAACAAAUAAAACAAGUUGCAGUUCCGUCAAUGAAAUAUCAAGAAUCCUCGUCGUCUGCGGAUAAGUCGGACUCAGUCUCGCCUAAUAUCUCUACGACAACAAUAACAACAGCAACAACACCGGGAACAGGAGCAACACCAACAAUAACGAUUGCUGCUGCUACUACUGUUAAUACCCAGACAACCAACACUAAUUCUAGUGGGGUCACUGCAACAAAUACUGUAUCUGCUAAUGCUCCUGUUGAUUUGAAAGACAAGAAAAAGAAAAAAGUUAAAAUAGUUAUAAAUAAAAAACAUAAGCAAGUAUCAAGCAUGGUUGCCAAAUGGAAAAAGGCCCAAAAUUUUCAAGACAUUCAUUAACUAUUUAUAAAGGAAAAUUGAUUUAUUGUAAAUUAUUAAUUGUCGUUGUGUAAACGACUGUUUUCACUGUUUAAGUGUGAGAAGAUUAUAAUUAAUUGCUUAAUUAUGCAUUGUAAAGUUUAAAAAUAUUUACAACCACCUAAAACUUUAUUACUAAUUAAACUUGUAUAAUAAAUUAAUAAUUUAGGCCAAGUAUUUUAUAAGAAAUUUAAAAUUAAAUGAUAUUUAGUCGCUAAAUAGAAUUUAUUAUAUAUGUAAAAUAACACCGUAUAAAAUUAUAAAUA